AUGAGCUCUCAGAUGCGUCCGUCGUUUUUCUGCAGCCGCCCCAACGGGUCGCUGACUCCCCUCAUUGCCCUUGAUGACUUCCCCGUUGGUGUCAACGUUCGUGGUGUCUCUCGUACCCUUACUCCCGGUGAUACCCAGGGCAUGAUCAGCUGUGGCUCUGCCGAGCCUCGCUCCGAGCCGUGGGACCUUGAGGGAUCUGUUCCUGGAAGCCGUGGCACCAUCGCCAGCAAAGAGGACCUCGCUGCGCUGCAGAGCGUCCUUUUUAAAAUCAUGGCCGAUGACAAUGUCUCCACUGAGCUCCGGAUGGCCAUCAAGGGAAUCCUGUAUCGCGGCCUUGAUGCUUCGUACGUUGGUGGCUCAAUCCCCACCAAGGCUGUUACUGGUCGUCAAUCGACCUCGCCAGGUUAUCACGGCUUCGGCGGCCACUCCGGUCACAACCAUGCCAGCGGUGGCAAGCAUGGUUUCGGCGCAAAGAAGGAGUUCUGCUCUUACUGGAUCCGCCACGGCGAGUGCGACUACCAGCAGCAGGGUUGUAUGUACAAGCAUGAGAUGCCGACUGACAUCUUCAUGCUGGAAAAGCUUGGUCUUCGCGACAUUCCUCGCUGGUACCGCGAGAAGUACGACGUCCCGAGUCUGCUGCAAGCCGGUCAGGGUAAUCAGCAGCGUGGACAGCAGCAGCAAGCUGCCAUCGACCAGCCUCAGCAGCGGGCUAUUCAGUACCGCCCCGCCGCUAACAAUUUGACCAACCCUGGCCGAUCUGCUAACGCUGGCCCUGCUGCUAACGCUGGCUCGUCCGCUCAUACUGGCCCAUCCGCCAAUGUUGGCGCCUCUGCUCACGCUGGGCCCUCCCCCAAUGCCGUGCCUUCUCGCAACGCUGGAGCCUCCCGCAGCGCCGGCCCGUCGGGCAACAUCAACGCCGCUGACGAAAAGACCAACGCCAAUGCCAAUGGUAAUCACCAUGGCCAUGCUCAGCCCCGUGGAAGCAUCAAGGGCCGUAACAACCCCAACGCAGGCAAGAAUGGUCACAACAGCGGUGUGGCUGCACCAGUUGUCAACAAUGCCAAUGGCACCCCUGCUAGUGCAUCUCCGAACAUGAGCAACUCUUCGACUUGGAGCGUUAGCCCCCGCGGAGGGCAGUUGCCCAUGGCUACCCCGAUUGACCGUCCCCUGACUCAGGGCAAUCAAACCCUUGACAGAGAUAGUAUGGCCGCCCAGCAAUCCCUGGUUGCUCGUCUUCGUGCGCUGUCUACCGAAGACACUUAUGGUGGCUCAGUCCCGGCGGCAGUCCCGGCGGCAGACCCCCUGAAGAAUCUCUACCGCACCAAGUCACGCUUCAACUUUGGCGCUGACGGUGACCUGAAGGCCAAGGCGGCCAAGGCUGAGACUGGUAAGGAGGCUACUCCUUCUGCCUCAACUUCCAUGAUUGGUCAGCUCGUGGCUACUUCCGAGCCGAUUAAUCCCAACGAGCCCCUGUUCUACUGGGGACCUAUUGGCAGGCCUGUUCAGCGCCCUGUUAUGUAUGCCGCCAAUGCUUACACCGUGACUCACCCCAACAACCAGGGUGUGAAUGGUCACAAUGCUCAGUUCACCUAUCCCUACAUGGGUCGUCACUAG